UCCGCCCCGGCACAGACUCGGCACACCUUCAGAUGGAGAUGAAGUAGCAGCGGCGGGCGAUCAACACACCGACGGCAGCGACUCGACCGAGGAUCCGGAGGUUUUUUUUCUUCAGGGGGGAACAGGUGACGGAGCAGACGCAAGCUCAGCCGCCCGGACGUCGAUCCGCGGAAACUGUUGCUGUUUCACCACCACCAGCGCUCCCCCAGCGCCGCGCACCAUCCGAUUGCCACAAUAUAUGUUACUCAACUACAUGCAUUUCGCUCUCAUCUAAGCCCCGGCGUCCAAGAUGGAAAAUGCGCACACUAAACCGGCAACCGAAGUUCUAGAUUACUUCGAAGUGAACGAGAACACGGGGCUGACCCUGGAACAAGUCAAAGUUAAUUUGGACAAAUAUGGACCGAACGAGCUCCCAGCUGAAGAAGGCAAGUCCCUGUGGGAGCUGGUGGUGGAGCAGUUCGAGGACCUCUUGGUCAGGAUUCUGCUGCUAGCCGCUUGCGUGUCCUUUGUGUUGGCUCUGUUUGAGGAGGGAGAGGAGACAACCACCGCCUUCGUGGAGCCCAUUGUUAUUCUUCUUAUCCUCAUUGCCAACGCUGUUAUCGGGGUCUGGCAGGAACGGAACGCUGAGAACGCCAUCGAGGCCCUGAAGGAGUAUGAACCCGAGAUGGGGAAGGUGUACCGCAUGAACCGCAAGGCCGUCCAGAGGAUCAAAGCCCGGGACAUCGCGCCGGGAGACAUAGUGGAGGUGGCAGUUGGUGACAAGGUGCCGGCUGACAUCAGGGUGACCUCUAUAAAGUCCACCACCCUGCGUGUGGACCAGUCCAUCCUCACAGGGGAGUCCGUAUCUGUCAUCAAACACACCGACCCCGUUCCCGAUCCCAGAGCCGUGAACCAGGACAAGAAGAAUAUGCUGUUUUCCGGCACCAACAUCGCCGCGGGCCGGGCCAUCGGCGUCGUCGUCGCCACGGGCGUCUCCACGGAGAUCGGCAAAAUCCGCAACCAGAUGGCGUCCACGGAGCAGGAGAAGACGCCGCUGCAGCAGAAGCUGGACGAGUUCGGCCAGCAGCUCUCCAAGGUCAUCUCCUUGAUCUGCGUGGCCGUGUGGGUCAUCAACAUCGGCCACUUCGGGGACCCCGUCCACGGCGGCUCCUGGGUCAGGGGCGCCAUCUACUACUUCAAGAUCGCCGUGGCCCUGGCCGUGGCCGCCAUCCCCGAGGGGCUGCCCGCCGUCAUCACCACGUGCCUGGCCCUCGGCACGCGGCGCAUGGCCAAGAAGAACGCCAUCGUCCGCAGCCUCCCGUCUGUGGAGACCCUGGGCUGUACCUCAGUCAUCUGCUCCGACAAGACGGGAACCCUCACAACCAACCAGAUGUCUGUCUGCAGAAUGUUCAUCGCAGACAAGGUGGAAGAUUCCAGCUGCAGCCUUCACGAGUUCUCUAUAACCGGCUCUACGUACGCUCCUGAGGGCCAAAUACUGAAGGGAGACAAGACUGUGCAGUGCGGCGACUACGAUGGACUCCUGGAGCUGGCCACCGUGUGCUCCAUGUGCAACGACUCCUCACUGGAUUACAACGAGGCCAAGGGGGUCUAUGAGAAGGUGGGUGAAGCCACGGAGACGGCUCUCACCACCUUGGUGGAGAAGAUGAACGUCUUCAAGUCGGACCUGUCUGGAUUCAGUAAGGUGAACCGUGCUGGGGCCUGCAACUCGGUGAUCAGGCAGCUGAUGAAGAAGGAGUUCACCUUGGAGUUCUCCCGCGAUCGCAAGUCCAUGUCAGUCUACUGCACCUCCGUCAGUCCGGGCUCACAGAGCAAGAUGUUCAUCAAGGGCGCUCCAGAGAGCGUGAUUGAGCGCUGUCAGUACCUCCGGGUGGGAACAGAGAAGGUGCCGCUGACAUCUGCCCUGCGCGACCAGCUGAUGGCGAAGAUCAGGGACUGGGGGACGGGCAGAGACACCCUCCGCUGCCUGGCCCUGGCCACUCACGACACGCCGCCGCGCAAGGAGGACAUGGACUUGGAGAAUUCCAGCAAGUUCGUGGAGUAUGAGUUGGGGCUCACGUUCGUCGGCUGCGUGGGCAUGCUGGACCCGCCCCGGAAGGAGGUGAUCGGCUCGGUGAAGCUCUGCAACGAGGCGGGCAUCCGCGUCAUCAUGAUCACCGGCGACAACAAGGGCACGGCUGUGGCCAUCUGCCGGCGCAUCGGCAUCUUCGGGGAGGAGGAGGACGUGGCCGGGAAGGCCUACACGGGCCGCGAGUUCGACGACCUGCCGCCCGAGGCGCAGAGGGAGGCUGUGAAGCGGGCGCGCUGCUUCGCCCGCGUGGAGCCGGCCCACAAGUCCAAGAUCGUGGGGUACCUGCAGUCGUUUGACGAGAUUACAGCCAUGACAGGAGAUGGUGUGAACGACGCCCCGGCCUUGAAGAAGGCUGAGAUCGGCAUCGCCAUGGGCUCUGGGACCGCGGUGGCCAAGUCUGCGUCUGAGAUGGUGCUGUCCGACGACAACUUCUCCACCAUAGUGGCCGCUGUGGAGGAGGGCAGAGCCAUCUACAACAACAUGAAGCAGUUCAUCAGAUACCUCAUCUCCUCCAACGUGGGGGAGGUUGUCUGCAUCUUCCUUACGGCCAUCCUGGGUCUUCCCGAGGCUUUGAUUCCAGUCCAGCUGCUGUGGGUUAACUUAGUGACCGAUGGUCUGCCCGCCACCGCACUGGGCUUCAACCCCCCGGACCUGGACAUCAUGGACAAGCCCCCCCGGAACCCCAAGGAGCCUCUCAUCUCAGGCUGGCUCUUCUUCAGAUACCUGGCCAUCGGAGGGUACGUGGGUCUUGGAACGGUGAGCGCUGCCACGUGGUGGUACCUGUUUGAUGAGGAAGGCCCCCAGGUGUCCUUCUAUCAGCUGAGGCACUUCAUGCAGUGCACCGAGGACAACCCCAUGUUCAAGCACAUCGACUGCGAGGUGUUUGAAUCCCGCUACCCCACAACCAUGGCCCUGUCUGUGCUGGUCACCAUUGAAAUGUUCAACGCCCUCAACAGCUUGUCUGAGAACCAGUCCUUGGUCCGGAUGCCUCCCUGGGUCAACAUUUGGCUGCUGGGUGCGAUCAUCCUCUCGCUCUCGCUCCACUUCCUCAUCCUCUACGUUGAGCCCCUGCCUCUGAUCUUCCAGGUGACCCCUCUUCGCUGGUCUCAGUGGCUCAUGGUCUUGAAGAUCUCCAUCCCAGUCAUCCUCCUGGAUGAGGCAUUGAAAUAUAUUUCCAGGAAUCAUCUAGAAGCCUAAAUUCUGUUUCUCUCGCCUUCUGUGGAAAGGUGAUGAAGAGAAGAAAUAUCGGAGGAGAUGGCAGCUGAACUGAGAUCUCUCCCUUAACACACUCACACAGUCUGACACACGCCUUUUCCUCCGCCCCCUUUUACGAGCUAGGAACCCUCUCUUUGACCCGUCCUCGGUCCCCGCUCCUGCAUGUCUGGCAAAGCACCACUAGAAAUAAGCAGGCCUUGCAUGAGAAUGAGCGCGGAUGUGUGCGAGUGCAUGAGCAGGUGAACGUUGAUGCGUUUGUGUGCAGGAAAAAGGAUAUGAAACGUCCCGGGGCUCUGCUUUUUAAGAUUACUGUUUUUUUUUUUUUCUUCGUUUGUUUGACUGUACAGACCGCACGGGGGGGGAUUGGGUGAGGGAGGGGGUGGGUUGGGAAUAAGCAUAGAGAUCGAAAGAGAGAUUGAGGGGUGAAGCCUGCAGUGGAGAAGGGACGGGUGCACGCGCUGGUGGAGAACGGCAAGAACGACCAAAAGCCACAAAAGCCUGGUCUCCAGCUACGGCCCAGGCUUCAGCCAGCGACGCAUCAGCACCGCACUUUCAGGUCACUCUGUACAAACUCCUGUUCCUCAAACAUUUCUCUCCCUCUUUCUCUUCCUCUGCAUCUCUCUUUCUCGCUCUGUGCUGAGGAGGCAGCUGCAGAGGCCCGGGGUGUCAUGACAUCAUCAGGCGUGUGUGUGUGUGUGUGUGUGUGUGUGUGUGUGUGUGUGUGUGUGUGUGUGUGUGUGUGUGUGUGUGUGUGUGUGUGUGUGUGUGUGUGUGUGUGUGUGUGUGUGUGUGUGUGUGUGUGUGUGUGUGUGUGGACCCGCCCCCUAAAGGUGUGGAUAGCUUUACGCUGCUUGGCCGCUUCUCUCCGCCGUCUCUGAGGAGCUGAGGUCAGCUCACAGACUUCUAAAGGAAUAAAAAUGUCAAACAGCAACCAAACCAGCAUCACUAGUUAAGUUCUCAACCAGUCCACUCAGCUGCUCCUGUUUAAUCCCCACCUUUUGUCGUAGCUGUCAAUCAUCCAACUUUAAGGUAGAUCAUUCGGUGCAGUAAAAUGUAUUUGAUCCUGUUAUUAUUGUAUGUUCCUAUUGAUUCAGUUGCAUCCAACCUGCACCAGCGCUGACGUGUGUGUGUGUGCGUGUGUGUGUGCGUCUGUGUGAUCAUAUAGCCUUACUUGAAUGAAUUCAUCUAACAUGGCACAGUGGUCGUGUCGGUCAUCGCAUCCCACCGCAGGCGUAGGUGAAGCAAUCAGAGGACGCAUGAAUGAUCCCACCUGCUCGUGAAUCGUUUCCUUACUAAGCACAUUUAACGUCCAUGCCUUAUACAGCCCACUGCACUUCCACAUUGAACAUGUGGUCCAAAUGAAUGUCUCUGCUACGGUAGCCUUUAAUGACCUUCCUCACCCUCGCUCACGCGCCUCCCUCCCCCUCUGAUCGCUCCAGGACUCUGAAUGUCCUCCUGAUCUGAGGCACGUCCAGUAGGAAGCUCUCUGUUGUGCUUUGUGUGCUGCUCCCUCAGCUCCUCCCGCUCUCUCAGUGCUUUAGCGCCUCACUUGGGUAUUGUUUUACGAUGCUAAAUAAUAAUGUAUUUGACUGAAUGAGCCCCCUGGGCUCUGGAGCUUGUCUUUUAAGUCUUAAUUCUGGGGUUUGUGUAGGGCCCUGGUGCCCUGUGGACGGGAUCAGGUGUCUCUUAGAGGGAAGCGUGUGCACAUUCAAAACCUUCAGAACCUGUAAAGGUGCUGGGUAAAAAUAGGACUUUAACUCCACACUGCAUCUAGAUCUAUGAUAGGAAAUGUGUUUACAUUCAUUGUGAGUAUAACAUUUAUUAAAUUGCCAAAUAUUUGACACGUCCUGGUUCUUAAAUUGCUACUUUUGGGAAACGUUUCCUGUAAGUUGACGACACAAUUACCUUUAAAUGGAUAUUUUACUGUAAUUUUAUAGAAUGAAUAAUACAUCAAUUUAGAAAGCAGAAAAUAAUUACGUUAGCUGAAGGUUGAUGCAGAACUGUUUAUCUGGGACAUGGUGAUUGGACCUUUUUUUUGUUCUUCCCUGUUUUCCUUCUGACUUCCACGGAACAACAUUUUCCAAUCUGACAGUCAGCAGCCCGUCUGUUGUGCUGCUGUUAUUGUUGUUCAUAUCAUUUGUUUCUUGGUGAUUUGGGUUCUUGCCCCCGGGAGGGUCAACUAGUCCAAUUUUAGAUGGAAUGACAUCAUCCAUUCCACAUAUUUCCAGUCCCACACGCUCCCUGGUGCAGCGAGACAGAUGCUGAUCGGGGGAGGACACUAACAAAAGCGAACAGCAGUUUGUUGUUAGAAAGGGAGAAACUUCGGAACAUCCCAAACUGACCUGUAAUAACCUGAGUAACCUAAAUGUGUAUUGUUUUAAUUCUAGACCUUCCUUCUUUACACCUUCAUGGUGAGUAAUAUUAUUUGAUGGUGUGGCACCCCCCUCCCCACCGUGGGAGCCCCUGUCCCUGUCCCAGGUCUCCACGGCCCUGCAUCACGCUGGCACUCUGGCCACCAGGCACUAGAUCUGUAUAGCCUUGUUAUUUACUACUGAAUCCUUGAGUCUGUACAGAAGGUGAGGUUACGAUCGCAUGGAAACUUGUUACUGUAAUAAUAACCUAUACAGUAUAUACUAUUUAAUUUUUUGAUAACUUACAUCGAUGAAAUCUACUUAACAACAACAGACAAACUUUUUUUGAGCACAAUGUAUCUAAGGAUUCUUUUUGUUUGUUUAGUUAUUUUCUUCCUUGUUCCUGUUUGGUUCUUACAGUCGCUGGGGGUUUGUGUCUUUUACUGUAGGGCAGUAUGACGUUAUGAUGUUUAAAGGUAGACAAGAGUCCCGCUAAGUUAACGAUGGUGACGCUGGUCUUCUCAGCGGUCAGAGAACGUUCCAGAACUUGUGAAUGAGCUGUGUCUGGUUUACACUGAGCGAUAAACAGCGAGGAAUCCUGGGUUAUGAAGUUUUACGACUGUACAUUGAAGGCUUUGCUGUGGUCGCAGGCUCUAGAGACUCGUGACAAUCUUUUUGGGCCGGGCCGCUCCUCCAGCGAGGCCCAGUCCUCCCAGUACUUCUCCAUCUAAAACAAAAUGAUCUUCCCUGUUAACGCGGAGGCAACGAAGUUCGUAUUGAUAACCUUUAACCAGCUCUUCCCCUCCUUUGUCUGUAUAGACAAGCUGACAGUCUCUGGAGCCUGACUUCCACCUCUGAGAAAAGGAUUCUCUGUAUUGCCUUGUUAAUAUUAAUUGUGGACACAUAAUUUUAUAAAUGACAGACGUGGAAAUAAAGAUUAUUUAUCUUGUUA